AUGAUAUUGAUAAAGAGAUUCUUAGAAGAAUAUCCAAAACACGAGCUUUUAUGCCAAAGUGGAUAUUCUUCCGAAAUAUUUAGAGCUAUUGUAAAAAAAGAUAAUUUGAUCAUAAAAAAAAUUGAAAUUCCCUCACCAAAUGAAGAAACUCGUUUAGAUAUUCUCAAAAUUCUUUCGCGUAAAAUUAACUUGACCCGCUGCAUUAAUUUGCGUAAUAUAGCUGAACUUAUACCGGGAGCUUCUGGUGCAAAAGUUAAAGGCGUUUGCAUGGAAGCUGUUAUGUACGCAUUGCGUGAGCGUCAUGUGCAUGUUGCUCAAGAAGAUUUUAAAAUGGCUGUUGCUAAAGUUAUGCAGAAGGAUUCAGAGAAGAACACAUUAUGGAAGUAAAUUUUAAAACUUU